UUCCAAAAAUCUCGAAAUUGUCGAAAAUAACAGAAAAUUUUCAGCAGCAGCGAAUCCGUAUGACCAUUUCACUAGUUUUUUUUUCACAAUUUUUUUAAAACAACGUCCAAAAACAUGAACUUUUAUACACAUGUCCUCUAGUGCUCUUAUUGCUAUCGUUACAACUUUCUACAUUUUCUUUCAUACUAUACAAUGGACCUGAAUAACCCUCCCGGGUUACCCGUUCUUAUGUAAUUUAUCGUUUCUCAGUUCACUCGUUCACUAUCGUUUACUCAACUAUGCACCCAUUCAUCUAGCUUCCUCUGGGAAGAACCAAUACCCAGUUGAAAUUUUCCCGCCCCAUGCAUCCAUCUUCCCGCUACGUGUAGUCCAUCAACACACGCACAGGGACCCACGUCAUCGUCAUUUUCGUUGUCGUCGUAUUGCUCUUGGUGCUGUCGCUGCCGCAAGCGUUCUGCUUUCGUGUGUUUUGUUGGCCGGUGUCUGCCCGCCUGCUGCUGGCUAACUCCGCACAGAGUUACCCCUCGCCGAGCGUGUGUUACCGCUGUUUAGCUAAGCUCAGCUAAAACGUAACCCGCCUCAUUAAGUCGUUGAAGCGAAUAGCAGAGGACUGACCCUGUACUUUACCGUUCACUCGUCCAUCCAUCCGAUUGUCUGCGGCGGUCUAGAUAGUGAUGUCCUGAUAGCUACCUAUUGCUAUUGUUACUCGUGCUAAUGCCGGGCGGCAAUUCGAGUUAGGAAUUCCCGAGUUAGUAGUGUUACCGUACCAGUUCGAUAGGUGUUGUGGUGGAACAAGUUCGCGUUGACCGUCUACUAGCGUCACGGAAUUGCCGCUGUGUUCGUUGUACCUUUGCUGACGCUACUGUUGCUGGUAUUGCUGUCGCCGUUGACGCUGCCGCAACUUGAAAAGCACAGAUAGACUUAAACAUCGAUACCUAGACAGAGACUCAACAAGGAUUGUCAAAACGCUCAGCGUCUGCCGGCGUUCAUCCAUCGAUUCGUCCAGGAAACCAUCGCAAAGAAACCAACGAUGUCUGAGGAGAUGCAAGUUGAUCAGGCGGUGACUGAGCCGAAGACUGACACUGAACAGACGACACCGACGGCAAGUUCAGGAGCAGCAGGUACUCCGGCGAAAGAAAUGGGAGGAGAGAAAAAGGAAUCCGGAGUUGCUGAGACAACGACGUCAGCAACAUCCGACAACAACAUAACCUCCGGGACCGCUGCUGCUAACGUAGGUGCCGCCACAGCUCCCACUACCGGUGAAGCUGUGACCACACCCGAGACAACGGCUACCCCCGGGGCUACAACGACUACGACAACUACAACAACAACUAGCGAUUUGGCAACGUCAGCAGCGACUGCUCCGGCUGCCAUUACUACGCCUGCUUUAGCCGCGACAGACUCCACAACAGCUGCAGCUGCCGCCAAACCUGAGCCAGCAAAGGAGGUUGCCACGACAGCCCCUGCCGCGGGCAAGAAGUCCCGCCCUGAAGCUGACCUCUCAUCAUUACCAACACGCCAGUAUCUUGACACGACUGUUGUACCCAUACUUCUGCAGGCGUUAUCGCAGUUGGCCAAGGAGCGGCCCGCGUCGCCUAUCGAAUUCGUGGCAAACUACCUUCUACAAAACAAGUCCCAUUACGAAGGUGGGUCUCAGCAGCAGAGCAUCGAUAAGUAGAUGGAAUGAAACGAAAGAAGAAACAACAGAGAUGGGGGUCAUAAUGAAAGAAACUAUGCUACGAGAAAGGAAGGUUGAAAAGACGAAGAACCAUCGACGGAACUCACUUUAAAACGGAGAGAAGAAAACUGAAACGUCAGUAAUGAGAAAAAGCAGAAUGCAACACAGGUGGAAUAAUAUACGAAGUAAGCAAACAAUACAAAUGGAAAAUGCUUGAGAAAAUCAAUGUUUAUCAUCACACACAUAGACACGGAUACACAUGUGAAUUUAAACAUAGUAUCUAUUACCCGAACAACUAUCGUGGUGCUGCAUUGAAAUCCGUAAUGUUAAAUGAUGGACCUUUUUAAGAGGCAUUAGGAAGAUGCAACAACCAUCGUGCGCCGGUACAAUUCGAAAUUUGAAAUAACUGUCAGUCAGACAGCGCCAUCCAUGCAAGUCUUAUCUAUCUAUCUGUCUAUAUAUAUAUAUAUAUAUAUAUAUAUAUAUAUAUAUAUAGCUGGUGUAUCCGUCGGCGCGCAAAAGUUGCGUCCAAUACACCGAUGACAGGGAUGCUUGAGAUGGAUAGCUGGGGGCCGGCGUGUUUGACUGGAAUGGACGAAAGUGGAGUCAACGGAAUCCGUAUAGAUUGCUGCAGGAUAUCCGUAUAUGUGUAUACCUCUAAAUAUGUAAAGACUCACCGAUGAUAUUUCGAAGUCGUGUAAAUUUGGAUAACAACUCGAUUGGCAGCAAACAUUGGCAUAUAUGGUUUAACAGCGCACAAAGAGGCAUCGUUAAGGAAAUAACUAGUUUCGCGAAGGGAUACACAUUGAUCGCUAGGUUAAUAAUCGACGCAUGAUUAGCAAGAUUAUUUCCGUGCAUACGACACCGACCCUAGCGCUGUUUAGCAGUCUAUCGGGCCAAAUAAAAUGGCGCCAAUCUGUUGUUUUGCGCUGUCAGUGUUCGAGAUUCAAAAUAGCGCGAGCUGCUAACGUGACCCCCUUCGCGUUUGUUCGGGAUCUAAUAUGAUACUAUAUGACUGUCACAACUAUGAGAUGGUAUCUUCAAACAUGUUCUGAUAUUUUUCCUGGGCAUCUGUGGACGCAACAGGAAGGAACAAAGCGUAAACCAUAAAUCUACUGCCGGGAUGCACACAAUCAAGGAAAUAUUAAAAAUCAUAAGUCCAAACAACACGACAAAAAACGAGCGAGCGACCGAUAGAGCAAGAUAGGAUAGAUAAAAGCAAAAACUCAACCCUAAAUUAUCAAACAGGAGCUCGAAGGUAUGAGAGGCUAUUUCAGAUCACGACAGUGCUGACACUGCAAAUAAAGAAUGACGAAACAAUACGAAUCGGUAACGACGACGAUAAUAAUCAUAAGGAAAAUAAUACUAAUUACUGAUAACAGCAAUGGAACUGAAUAUUAACUAGUAAACCCAAGCCCACGUACACACAUGCGCCGAGAUCAAAGUGCGGCGUUAGCGAAAACGUGAACCGGCGGGUUUGCGCGUAGUGAGUGAUGUUGUAUCCGUUCAGGCCAUGCAGGCCGGUUAAAUCUGCGCAGUGAGAGGAUGCGCACUGUAAUGUAAAAUAUUUUGAUGUUGCGUUUACCGCGAAUAUUAUUAACGCGAAAGGCAUUUGUAAAGAUGUUAACUUGCAAUUUGAUGCUGCUGCUUCUGUGGCUCCUGCAAAGUGCUGACGAUAAACAAGCAAAUGGUCGACAAGUGAGUUGGGUAAUGAUAAAAACAAACAAUGGCCACUUUCCUUCGAACAAGCAAAAAGUUACUAUAGAAGAAAAUAUGAAAGUAACUGGACGUGUACAAGGCGAUAGCAACAUUGACUGAUGCGGAGGUUAACGAGAUCCGGGGAAAAAUCGCGUAAACUGUACGCAGGCAUGGCUAGAGAAUUCAUGAUCGAAUCGAUAGCGGUCGAUCGAACAACAAACGGCUAAGAUAAUUAAUUACGAGUCACGAAGACACGUAUUACACAGUUAGACAUACGCAAAUUCCUAGUAUACAUACACCCAACAGUGGCAUUAUGUUCGUCUCAAAAAACAUAAUUAUAAUGAAGAUGCAAAUCAUUAGUCGGUAAAUAUAUUCCACAUUGGUUUCGUACGAAGAGAAACGAUUUAAUAUUAUUUGUAAUGUGGUUAGAAAAGCAUUUUGUUUCUAAUCGAAGUUAUCGUUAGGCAUUAUCAUCGUAACUAUUGGCUAUAUUUUAAGUUGUUGAUUAGUGUUCAAUCAGCCGUUUAGUUUUUGCAACAAUCCCAGUCGUUCGCUGGUUAUAAUAUGGAAUUUCGGAAUCGUUUUUCUCCAUAUGGAUAGAAUUCGGUUGUUUGGAUACUCGAACAUGCCAGAAACAAUUUCCCAUAGUCGGUCGUCGUCACUGCUGACGCUGAAGGUGAAUUCAUGAACUCUAACGCGACGAACGUUUAGGAAAGACGCGUACAGAAAGCAAAACUAACUAACAGAGAAAAAAACAACAGUAGCAGCAACAAUAGCAACAACAACAACAACAACAACAACAACAACAACAACAACAACAACAACAACAACAACAACAACAACAACAACAACAACAACAACAACAAGGAUAAACAACACGGGAUAAAUCACUUUGAACGGAGCUGAAAGCGCCGAGAGUCCUGCAGGACAGAGUAAACAUGUACAAUGAAUUAACUGAAACAACAGCAACAAGCAAAAAAGUAAAAAGCCAGUAUAAUGAAAAUAAUAAAUGUCACUUAAAUUGAGCAAGCCAACUGAUGUUUUUA